AUGCAGGCACCGCAGCUGCUCUCCGGGAGGGGCCGCCCCCAGCGCCUCGCACCUGAAGUGUCACGGGUUCUCUACGUAAGGAACCUCCCAUUCAAAGUCAACGGCGAAGAGUUGUACGACAUAUUCGGCAAGUAUGGAUCCAUCAGACAAAUAAGAAAAGGAACUUCCCCCACUACCCGGGGCACUGCCUUCGUUGUCUACGAUGACGUCUUCGAUGCAAAGGCUGCAGUGGAUCAGCUCUCUGGAUUUAACGUUGCAGGGCGGUAA